AGGAAAAUACAAUCAUGAAGAUCCACUUUUAUAGACAAUAUACGUAAUGCGUAAACAAAACAACCCUCGCGAUAUCAACUGGAAUCACAUGUCUAUUAAAAAUAUUAGACUGGGAAGAGACCUUUCUUUGGCCUACAUGGUUACAGACCCAACAACAUUAUAUCGUAACCCUUCCUCCUCAAGAAAAGCACAUGAGCUUAAUAUAACACAUAAAUUAAGCAAAAUAAUUAAAUAAUUCCAACAUUUCCUGAAAUUAUGAAUAAGAGUAAUGAAAUAGACUUAUAUGAGUAAUAGGCUUAUAACCAAUUGAGAUGUACAAACUAUGGCAUAAGGGAAUGAUGAGCAGAUAAGAGGCCAUCCGUAAUUUAGAUUAAUACAUUCAUGAGCAAGCGAAGACGGACGUAGUCAAUAUAACUAAUUUUUCGUCAGUACUUUUGUAAUGUACAGUGACAGAAUUCAGAAGAUGGGCUGUUCUUUCAGUAUUCUUCUCCCUUUACACCAGGUCAGAACAAUAGGAUAAAUAAAGGGGGCAUAUAAGCAGACAAUGACACCUCUUACAAUAUUAGAUGAUGACAUUUCUCUAAAACAGGCUAUAGACUACAUCUGCACCACCAAGUCAAAACAGUAGGCUAAGUUAUGAGGGGGAAAGGGACCGACUUAUUAGGGUGAGGCAUAUGGGCUACUAAUAGCUGACUACACAACAUACACCUAGUAUUACUUUCUUAGCUACAGUAUGUACAUAUCUCCCUGGCAUAUUACAUCAUUUAUGCUGCAGCAUACAGUGGUGGUAUAUGGCCAAUAUACCACGGCAAAGAGCUGGAUGCAGGCACUCCGCUUUGCGUCAUGGUUAAGAACAGCCCUUAGCCAUGGAAUAUUGUCCAUAUACCACACCCACUCGGCAGCCUUAUGGGAGAAUAUUUUACAGCAAAUCAAAUCCAAAUCAAAUUUUAUUUGUCACAUACACAUGGUUAGCAGAUGUUAAUGCGAGUGUAGCGAAAUGCUUGUGCUUCGAGUUCCGACAAUGCAGUAAUAACCAAUGAGUAAUCUAACCCAACAGUUCCACAACAACUACAUUAUACACACAAGUGUAAAGGGAUGAAGAAUAUGUACAUAAAAGUAUAUCAAUAUCAAUAUGCUGAUAUCAUUUAGGGAGUCUUGUUUUCAGAUUACCCUUGUUAAAAUCCCCAGCUACGAUGAAUGCAGCCUCAGGUCGUUGCUCUUUUUUCCAGUAGUUCCUCCAGGCUGUAUGUAAUAAUACCUAAGGUUCCCUGGGGUACCAAUGUAAGAAAUAACAUGGUAAAAAAACUAAAUACUGCAUAGUUUCCUAGGAAAGCGAAGCGAGGCGGCCAUCUCUGGCUGCGCCGGAAGUCAAAUGUACACAACUAAAUUAUUUAUUCUCUCUUGUGAGUCUGUCAAAUCGAAAAACUGAAUUAAAGGCAUUGGGUGAAGGUAAAUUAAUCCACGAAUACGAAUAUAAUUUAAAAUCAAAUCAAAUUGUCACAUGCGCCGAAUACAACAGGUGUAAACCUUACAGUGAAAUGCUUAUUUACAGGCUCUAACCAAUGGUGUGGGAAAGAAAAGGAAUGUUGUGUGUGUGUAGGUAAGUAAAGAAAUAAAACAACAGUAAAAAGACAUUUGAAAAAAGAGUAGCAAGGCUAUAUACAGACACCUGUUAGUUUGGCUUAUUGAGGUAGUAUGUACAUGUAGGUGUCGUUAAAGUGACUAUGCAUAUAUGAUGAACAGAGAGUAGCAGAAGCGUAAAAAAGGGGUCGUUGGGUGGUGGGAAACAAUGCAUAUAGCCCGGGUAACCCAUUGGUUACCUGUACAGGAGUCUUAUGGCUUGGGGGUAAAAACUGUUGAAAAGCCUUUUUGUCCUAGACUUGGCACUCCGGUACCGCUUGCCAUGCGGUAUUAGAGAGAACACUAUGACUGGGGUGGCUGGGGUCUUUGACGUAUCUCAGGACCCAUGCCAAAUCCUUUUAGUUUCCUGAUGGGGAAUGGGCUUUGCCGUACCCUCUUCUCGACAGUCCUGGUGUGUUUGGACCAAUCUAGUUUGUUGUUGAUGUGGACACCAAGGAAUUUGAAGCACUCACAUGAUAUUUUCAUGAAUUCAUUUGAUUUAUUUUCAUGAAUUCAUUUUCAUGAACUUGAUAUUAGCGUGGAGCCCAUUCAAAAACACUACGGAACUUUGAUAGGGUAUUUAGAUUUUACAGAGAUGAUUGAGUUAUAGUUAUCCAAUCGGAGAUGACUGUGACAGUCGUGGCAAAUCAUCGACAAGUAUUCUACUCACAUUGGGCGAAUGAGAACCGAUCGAGUGCAAUGUUACCAAUCACAGCAAAGAGGGAGGGGCUUCGAGUCGGGGGCGCGAAGAGUUUGAGGAGAGAAGGAGCUGUAAAAUGGCGAAUCUUUAAAACUAUAAUGGUAGAUACGUUUUAAUAUGAUAAAAACAAAAAACAAAGUUGUGGCAAUUUUGCGUAUAAAUAAUUAGCUAUUCAACACGUCGUAACUAUAUUGUUGCGGGCGUCUGCUCAUUCCUAAACUGGUUUAUGGUAAACAAACAAAAAAAUCGUAAACAAAGCUUGUUUCGCUAGCUUGAGCCAAGAACCAAGCAAGCUAGCUAACGUUAGCAACUGUUGUAUCUGAAGUUAGCAUUAGCCAGUUCAUGUUCAACCAGCUGAGAAAUCUGCUAACUUCGUGACUACUAUCUACUUGGUGUACAUGGAGCAAGUGUCCCGUUCCAGCUAUGGCUUUGCAUAACUUAGUUUUUGUCAUUGAUGUGGAUUAUCGGCCAUCAGGACACGUCAAUGUCAAAAACCAUCCACUGAAGCAGGGCAUUCUCCGAAUUCUGCUUCAUUUCGGAUAUAAGUAUGGAUUCGAGAAGGUGCGAUGGGGUUACAAAUUCUGUCAAUCAAGAACUGGACGCAAUGGUAACCUGAUAUCCAGGGGCUCUGAUUUUAAAGAACUACGAGACAAAACUUUUGAAGACUUCGAGGUGGAGUUUCAAUUAAAGUUCGAUGCCAGUGUGAAGACAAUCUCGGCUCAGCCAAGGAAUCAACCCACCAGCCCUGCUGCUUCCAUACAGAAUGCAUUGAAAGAAGCUCUGUUGGACUUCCAAUGGGACAGACCAGAUAUCACCUCUCCCACCAAAUUGACAUUGAGACCCAGGAGAGGUCGAGCAGGUAAAGGAGGCCCUCUUUCUCCAGAGGAUGAAUUGUCGAGCCUGGGGAGAAAUGUGUUAUUCCUCUUGUCAAGCUGUCCUCACUCCAGGGCAGAUUUAGGAGGAUAUGUGGACCUCAUUGGAAUCCCUGUAGGUGCCAAUCACACAGAUGUGUCUGACCGUAUCCUACCCAAGGGACUCCAUGAAAUGUUCGUCCAACGUCAAGUUGUCCUUCACUGGGUGGACAGCACUUCAUACGUCCAGGUUAUGAGAAGUGAGGAGCACUGGGGCUCAGAUAUGCUUUCUGAGGUGUUGAGGGAGAUGGGUGGUAGAGUCGUCCCCAUGGACGCCCUGCUAAACCUCCGCUGUCCUCACAAGCCCUCCAGUGUUCAGUCCCCCGUAGACUCCCCUUCAGAUGCCAUUUUGGGGAGAGAGACCUUUCCACUCGACUCUAGCAUGGGAUACCUGUUGUCCUCAGAACGACUGUACCGCCUAGCGUUUCCUGUCCUGGGGGGAGUCCUGAGAUGGGGGCAAGGUGAUGCUUCACAGAGCUGCAGGGUGAUGUUGGAGCCGGUUGCCCUCAGACAGAGGCUCCUCCCGGCCCCCGUGGAGGUGUGUCUGAAAGGGGUCCUUCGGGGCUGGGACGCCCACUCCCUCACAGAGGCGUCCUCAGAGUCCUGGGUGCUGCAGUGUUCCAUCAACAACCACACAGACCAGGGCCAAGCUGUCUUCCAACAGCUACUAAGGGAGCUCUCUGCCCAGGCUAUUCACAUGUUUGCAGAGGUGAGUGACGGAGGAGACUUGCCAUGCUCGGCCUUCCUGUCUCCCCUCUCAGCCCUCACGGCUUUGCUCACCGUCCUUCGGCCCAGCGUCGCUUCCGGCUACCACACCCUGACCUUGGAUGUCAUCGCACCAGCAGCGGCGGACAACUCCUCAGACCUGCCCGAGAUAGUCAGCAGUGUCCUGGGAGGGUUCAAUGACAUCAUGGAGGGAGAUGGAGCUCCUCGAGUUGAGCACCAGGUUCCUGACUGGGCACAGCAGGAGCUCAGCCAUUGGUCCAGCCCUCUGACUGCUGGGCUGGUGGAGGGCUGGUUCCCGCACGCAGACCAAUCAGGAGUCAGCUCACACUUAAUGGAGUCAAUGAGGCUGCUCCAUGCGGUGCCAGAGGGUGAAACCGAGGGUCAGGAAGAGGAGCUGUCGGGCCCUCAGCAGGACUUGGUCAUCAGCCUGGCAGAACUCUACCAGAGAAUGACCUCCCAGUCCCACAGUGACAAGACGGGGAAGAAACGGGGCGCCCAGCGCACGCCAGUGAGGCAGAAGAUGAAGACGAUGAGCCGCUCACUGCAGAUGCUGAACGUGGCCCGUCUAAAUGUCAAGGCCCAGAAAAGCCAGGCGGGAGAGACUGAGGUGGGGGCCGAGGGCUGCAGGGGACAGGAGAGGCUGGGGAAAAGACGCUCAGGAAACCGGGCCAAGACUGGACCCCACGCCCAACACUUCAAGAGCGAGGCCGAGCUGCUGUCCCACCUGAAGGCCGGCUAUGAGAAGACGGUGGCUGAGAGAGACUCCUCCCUCCUCACUGAGGCCCAGCACCUCCUCUCUGCUGUCAAGAUGUUCCUGAGGCCCAACCCGGACCUGGGGGUCUGGCUGUUUGUCCAACAGAACCUGCUCAAGUCCAGCAAGUCCAUCCGCCAGCUUUACAGCAACGCGCCUGACGCCGACAGCAAAGUCAGAGAGUGCCAGCUGCAGGCGGUUCUCAGGUUGGAGAUGUGCCGACUCCUCCCCUCUGAGCAGCAGGCCGACACACCGGAUGUGGAGCAGACAGUGGAGGAGGUGGCUGACAUGUUUAGGAUCAUCUCUCUAACCAAAGACCCGGUGUACCUGGCCAAGUUCCUGCAAGAUGAGGUCCUUCCUGUGUUCCUGACGGCCAUCCCUAGGGUCCUAGCAGACGUAUACCACAGCCUGGGAACCCAGCUGCCCGCCGCCCUGUCAGCCGUGUUGCCCUCAGACUUCUUCAGCGACGAGUCCGUGACCAGGGACAGCGUCUCCUCCUCUCCUCCCCUCUCCACGGCCCUCAGCAUGGCCUCCGACUGUGGGGAGCGGCUACAGGAGCUCCGCGACCGCUCCGCCAGCAAGAGGAGGAGUGGGAGGCUGACUCGCCAUCGCAGCAUGACUGAAGCAUCCCAGAGUCUACAGAUCGAGGUGCCCAGGAAGACCACCAGAGCGGCCAAGCCUAAGCUCUGUGUUGCUGUGGAGAAACCAGCCGCUGAACCGCCCCAAAAGCAGGCUGCACAAGAGGUCACAAAGGUCCGGAGGAACUUGUUCAACCAGGAGACUAUGUCCCCUUCCAAGAAGGCCAAGAUGCCCAGGAGUCGGUCUGUCUCAGCCGUGGAUGGACUGAAGCGUAAAGGCUCCCAGGCAACAGAAGGUGGUGAUCGACAUUCCCUCCUGACCAAAAAGGUGACGGAGACGCCCCUUCAUAAGCAGGUGUCCAACCGUCUGCUGCACAGGCAACAGAUGGGCAGGAGGUCUGUCCCGACAGACGAGUGCAUCGUUGAAGAGUCGCCAGUGAAGCCUCUAGAAGACUUGAGGAGGAGUCCAAGAUUGGAGAAGUUUGCCAGGAGACAUUCCAGUUUCUACUCAAGCUCCCAGCCUCGUUCCCGCAACCUGGACAAAGCUCUCUCCUCUCAGCUCCCGCUCAGUGACAGCAAAAUAGGUGAGGUAAACCUGCGGUCAGUACGGUCUCCAAUACGUCUUCUGUUUGAAGCCACACGGUCCAGCUGGAGGCAGUUGUCUAACUCUGAUGUCUUCCAGAGUCCAAAGAAUACUCCCACAAAGUCGCCUGGUAGACACCGUAGGUCUGCUAGAGGGAGCAAGACACCAAGAAGCCCUCAGACCCCCAGAACACCUAAGAACUUCAGGUCCUCCAGGGUCCAGAGUUACUCAGUCACAGACAGCCAGAUGGCAGGGCCCUCUCACGGGCAGGGUGGCAUGGCCCUGAGGGGCAGCCCCUUCAGAUCCCCAGCCAGGAGGAGCUUGGUGCUGGAGACGCCCCAAAAGGAGAGCCCUCUGAAGGGUAUCCUGAGGACUCCGGUCAAGACAUUACUGGAGCGUCUGUCUCCCAUUGGCCCUAGCCUGCUCCAGAGCCCACCCUGCUCUAGAACCCCCUUGAAGCACGUCACCUGGUCCCCAUCUCCACAGAAACUUAGAGUCGCGGAGACUAAUACACCCUUCAAGGUGCCUGAGUCGCCUCACCUUUCCACCCGACGUUCUCCAAGGCUGUUGAUGAACACACCUGACAAGUUCUGCAGUCCACUCAAGAGUCCUAGCAGCAAACAGGCGAUAUCUAAAACUCCAGAAAAAGUAGUACAGAGAUCGCACAGAGUUUCCCCCCGAGCAUCUCUGUCCAGGAUUCCGGAAAAUUCUGCCGCAGGUGGCGUUGAGGUGACGCCAGAGAACAGUGGACGCCCGAGGUCUUCCAAACGGCUUAUGGGAAAGUUCAACACACCUGUUAAGGAUGAGCAGGACCUCCCUGAUGGUACUCAGAAACACCCCUCUUCUGGUUCCACACCACCUCCUCACCACCCACCCACUCCCACAACCUCCAGGAAAUCUCUGAGCCCUGCCCACGGCAUGCUCACACCCUCUGGAGGGACCCUUGGAGGGACCCCUGUUGAAGAAUCUCUCUCCAUGCCUCUGCACCAAGGCAUGCGUACACUGACGAAAAGGGCCUCAGGAUUGUCAAGGUCCGUAACGUCACCAAAGACUCCUGUCAAAACCCAACUGAAUAAAACGACAGUUGUCAACGCCUCUUCGGCUAAACGUUUGACCAGGACUAGCUCUGGCCAGGGUGUGCAAGCCAAAACCAGGCAGAAUCUGAUAUCCCUGUCCAAUGGGAGUUUAACUGUUGUAGCAGCAAGCACGGAUCUUACGAGUAAGGAAACCAGUGACACCGUGUCCAGCCUAAAUGUGCCGUUAGACUUCCACGAGAGGGAGCCGUCUUCCCAGGCCUUGGGGGGAGAGAUGGAGGCCAGCUCCCAGCAGAUUGACUCUUCCCAGUUCAGCACCACCUCCGAGGACGAGAGCAUCGACAUCUCCGAGGCCAAAGUGGUCAUGACCCAAAUCACUGACGGCCUCAAGAUGAACAUAUCUUUCUCCAGGAAACCCUCAAAGACCGACCAAGUCUUCCAGUUCACCGAAGCCUCUACCAAACAGCCAAUACCCUUAGAAACCAGUAAACCUGGGAGAAGCUACGGUUUCCGCCAGACCCCUGACCGCCAGCAGAGGGAGGCGGCAGUCCGUUGGGGGUACUCCACUGAACCAUGUCGGUUCUCCACCCCCAGGACUUCAGGAACCCCCACAAGUCGCAAGAAGGAGCUCGUCACCCCAAACCCCCUAACAUACAAAGUGGAGCUGGAGAUGCAAGCGUCGGGGCUGCCCAAGCUUAAGUUAAAGCGCAUGGACUCUUUCAAUGCUGGAGAUGGGGCUGCAGCGUCUCAGACUCCCACCGACCGUAUGAACCUCCCCCACACGGACAGCCCUCUUGCGCUCUGCUCCAAACACAGAGACCCUGGUCACGUCUCGCCAUCGCUAUGCACCCACGGCACUCCCGCCAAGGGCACUCCGGGGAAAGGGGGCUUCCAGACGUACAUCUGCCAGUCCUACACCCCCACGCGCUACCCUGCAGGGACCAUGUCCCCCCUGGGCACAGCUGAGCUCAUCCCCCUGACGCCGUCCCCCCAGAGCAUGGGGAGGUCCACCCCAGAGAGCCUCAACAGCUGGCCCCGCAAGAAGAGGGCUCGGCCUGGGGUGGUGGGCGGAAAGCAGCGGGGACUGAAGGAGGAGCUCCUGCUAGAGGGGCUGGAGAUAUUGGACGAGGCAGAGCUGGAGGGUAUCUACAGACUGAAGGAGACGGAGGACACUGACGCACUACUACUGACUCCCACGUCCAGCCAGGUUACCAGGCCCUCCCCUGGUAAAAGAGCAGGCUCUCCUCUGGACCAGCUGGAGGACAUGGACUGGAUGGAGAGCCAGGUUCAGCAGGCUAAAGGUGCCGAGCCUCUGAAAGAUGAAGAUUCCAUCUUGGCCACUGGAACUGUUCACUCAGUGGUAACACCCCCGAGCUCUAAGGUGAGGAAGCCAGUGUCUGCCAGUGGGAUUCUAGCUCUCACUCAGUCGCCCAUGUUAUUCAAGGGGAAGGCAGGUUCUGCCACCAAGAGAACUCAUCAUUUUAUAGAUGAAGCCCAUUGUCAGAAGAAGAUGGAGUUUGAUUUGGAGCGCUCUCCCUUCAGCCAGCACCCUAGGCGGUCAACCACAAGAAACACUGACAGUAGGAAGAGACUGCUUGACUGACCUGGACUGACCUGGAUUGGAUUGACCUGGACUGACCUUGCCUGGACUGGAUUGGAUUGACCUGGACAAGCCUGGCCUGGACUAGCCUGGCCUGAACUCACCUGGAAUAGCCUGGACUGACCCAGCAGUCACCCUGUCAGACUUCUUUCAAUCCAGCAGCAAUUUUGUAAGGUAUUCUUUAAACAGGGGGCCCAAAUGUUGAUUAUUUCAUAUGAAGCCUCAGAAGAAGAAAAAAGUUCUGCCACAACCCUAAAGAGAACAUCUUUGAACACUUGGAUGUUUCUCCAACCCUGGGUUGAUGGCUGGUUCCUUUGGUUUGGAAUGUGUGUGACUGGAGUACCUGCUUGGGAUAUUUGUGACUCCAUAAGGUCAAAUGUUUCCCCUCUUUGGAUCAAAAGCGUUAGUUGAACUAUAUUACAAUCAAGUCACAUCAUGAACGUUUAAGAGAUUUAUGAUGUUUAUUUAUUGGCUAGUUUGUCGGUCGAUUUCUUUUUCUUUCUUUUUUUCACCAAUACUAUUUUUUCAUAAGGGAAGAUAUGUACAUAUGUUUAUAUAUUAAAAUUAUUUUGUAAAUAAAAGCUAAACUCAUUUAAAUAAAGCAAUUAACAUUCCUAAUUUGACUCUUUUUAAAACA